UUCUGUUUUCUCAACCACACAAAGCUGCGCGCUCAAGUUUUGGACGUGUUGUCACGGCCUCUGUGACGACACACGCGCGGAAGAAAAACACACUCACAUGCGAGAGGGCAGAGCUUCCCCUUCCUCUCAUUACCAUGCCCUAGAAACCGAGAGAAGGGCGCGCACCGGACACCACAUCCUCGUGCCGCUGCACGUUGAUCCGGCAGCUACAUCACAGGCUGCUGAUUCGUCUUGACGCGCUCUCAUGCACACGCCGACAGGCAGAGUGCGCCCUGAAAGGUCUGCCGUUGACCCCGCUUUUCUUUCGCCGUCCGCUUGCAGAGGAGAGCGCUUGUGCGUCAGUCUGCUGUGCACGGAGGAGCGUGAAGCAUGUGGGCGCUGGUGGUCACUGACCAGGCGGCACUGACCUCUGCCCUCCAUCCAUGCUGACCAUUCAGAGAGCAGAACACAAGAGUGAAACGAGGAAGGAUUGACGGCAGGUAAGGUUUGUUGGACUAUGCCUCCAGUGUCCGCGUGAGCGAGGGAAUGGCUCCGAAUACGUCCCUGGUCAACUCCUCCUCGCCAUGCGACCAUGAUAUGACGGGCUGGGAACAUCACAUGGAGACGAUGUACACCUACUUCUACCUGCUGCUCUUCAUCCCCGGCCUGCUGCUCAAUACCACUGCUCUUUGGGUCCUCUGCAGACAUAUCAGUAAGAAGACCAAGGCGGUGAUCUUCAUGAUCAACCUGGCUUUAGCUGACCUGGCCCAUAUCCUCUCUCUGCCCCUCAGGAUCUAUUAUUACUUCACACACACGUGGCCUUUUGGACGGGGCCUGUGCUUGUUCUGCUUCUACCUCAAGUACCUCAACAUGUACGCCGCCAUCAUGUUUCUGGUGUGCAUCAGCGUGCAGAGGUGUGUCUUCCUGCUCAAGCCGUUCACUGCUCGUCAGUGGAGGCGGCGCUCUGACCUGGCGAUCAGUGUGUCAGUGUGGGUGGUGGUCGGUGUGGCCUGCUCGCCAUUCAUUCUGAUGCGGAGCAGCAGUAAUGCCCCCAGUGCCAGUGCAGGCGUCAGUAUGCAGACAAUCUACAACGUGUCCUUUUUGCUGGAUGCCACGUCUACCCAACAUCCCCUUGGUUACACCAAACUUCUCGCACCCCCUUUGAGCACAACCCCCAGCGGACUCGCACCUGUCUCCAGUGCCGGCUCCACCAACGAGGGCUGUUUUAAGGACUUGCCCAUGCGGCGUCUGCCUCUCUCUCUGGCGGUCACCAUGAUGGCUCUGGCCGAGCUGUUUGGUUUCUUCCUCCCUUUGGCCUGCAUCACCUACAGCUCCAUCCGCAUCGUCCAGUCCCUGAACCAAAGACAGCUCCAGGACGAGCAAAACUCGACCUCCUCAGCGCGCAGCCGACACCAGUCAGUCACCUCCAACUGUCCGACGGACAAACAUCACGACAGGCAGACAAGCGGCGAGAAGCAGCGCGCCCUGCGGAUGGUGCUGAGCUGCUCGGCGCUCUUCUUGUUCUGCUUUGCCCCCUACCACCUCAACUUCUUGCUGUACCUGAUGGUGUCGCAGGGCGUCGUGACCCACUGUGCGACCAGGCAGGCCGUGCGUCAGUUCCACCCGCUCUCUCUGUGCCUGGCCAGCCUGAGCUGCUGCCUCAACCCGCUGCUCUAUUAUUUUCUGACGGCCGAGUUCAGGUCGCACCUCACCAGGCGCACCUCUUCUUUCUCCUCCUCGCUCCUCCCCUCCCCGAUCAGCUCCCCGACCCAGCGCGCGCCGCCUCAAAGAGUGAUGAGCAUGGAGAGCUACUGCUCAGACAGGGAGUAGCGCUAUCUGGAAGGAGAGCACUGCACACGACAAACGCAUACGUCUCCACGAUGCACCCCGUUUAAACCUUGGUACAGUGUGACCUCCCACACGCUCGCUUUACAGGAAAGAUUUGAAGACGGCAACUGAAAUCAUGUCUGCCCACGUAUCAUAAUCAGUGUGAACUCGAAAUUUCUGUGAAUAUCAUAUUAGUUUCCUGAUGUGGCAAGCUGUGUUUGUCUUGCAUCACAUCCCCUGCUCUCGGACCACAGACUCAGUUAAAAUGCGACAACUUUGACUAAGCUAUUAGUGUCAAAGCUGUGUGUGAAUACAUGCCAAAUUUGCUGUAGGUGCUGAAUAAAAGCUCAUCUGUGCUUUCCGUC